UUAUUACCUUAUAAACCCCACCAAAUAGGGACAUCCAAUCCAAAUCUUGAUUCAAAUUCAUGAGAGGGUACUUUCUUCUUUUAAUUGAAAAAUUCCCCACCGUUUAACGUCUACCUUACCUGUUUUUAUAUCACAAAAAAAGUAAAACCAUAUAUACCUUAACAAUAGCAAAAAGAAGGAACACAUUCAACACUUGUUUUGAGGUUAUGGCAGAGUUAGAGAACCCAAAUAUGAUGCCAAAUCUCAUAACAUUUCUGUCAUCCCUGCUGGAAGAAGUGGCUGAAUCCAAUGAUCUAAACUGUGGGUUUAAGGCUCAGAAGAUUUCGGUGUUUCAUGGGUUAACUCGGCCAACUAUCUCAAUCCAAAGCUACUUGGACAGGAUUUACAAGUAUGCAAAUUGUAGCCCCUCUUGUUUCAUUGUUGCAUAUGUUUAUCUUGAUCGGUUUGCUCAAAGACAACCCUCGUUGCCCAUCAAUUCUUUCAACGUUCAUCGGCUGCUUAUUACCAGUGUGAUGGUUGCCACAAAGUUCAUGGAUGAUAUGUAUUACAACAAUGCAUACUAUGCAAAAGUAGGAGGAAUCAGCACAACAGAAAUGAACUUCCUUGAAGUGGAUUUUCUAUUUGGGUUGGGUUUCCACUUAAAUGUGACCCCCAAUACCUUUCACACCUACUACACUUACCUGCAAAGAAAGAUGAUGAUGUUGCAACCUCCACCAAUCAUUGCAGAAUCCUCUUUAAGCUUUGGGAAAGGGAGGUCACUAAAAGUAGUCCAUUUGUGUUUCAAUGAAGAAGAAUCAUCUCAUCAAAAGCAACAACUAGCUGUUUGAUGAGGUCUUUGAAUGUUAAGCUCUGAAUUGUAGUUAAAAAAGGUAUAGGGAUUUUGGGGUGGUAGAUUGAAUGCAUCACUUGUGCACUAGAAAUCCGGAUGUUUUCCUUUUCUUUUCUUUUGGUUUCCUUUUUGGGGUUUGGAUUCUUAUUGGUUUGUGUAUGUACAGAUGAGGCCAUCAAAGUUUCAUUGUCAAUUAAAUUUCUCAAAAAGUUUCUUUGGUUCA